GCGGCCGCGUCGGCCCAGCCGGCGGGCGGCGAGGCCCCGGGGGUGGCAGCCACUCUCGGCGACGUGGGCCGCGACGCCAGGGCGUUCUGCCUGGGGCUGCUGGGCGGCACGCUCGGCUGCUUCGUGGCGGCGGCCUGCCUGGGUUGCCUGAGUUCGACGUUGAGGCGGGACGCUCGGCCGAGGCGAGAGGCGGUGACCUACGAUGGCGGCGGUGGCAGCGACAACACGUUGGGUGUACGUCUUCUACGCCGGAAAGGUGGUGUGGCACCAGCAUUGAAUAUGGGGCGGGUGGCAUUGUCGGAAGGUGACCAUGUCAUCUACACGGCCGACGGCGACCUGUACAUAGUGACGGUGUCGAACUGCCCGGACGUGCAGGCGGCCAGGUUCGGCGGGUACGACCCUCCGCCGCCAGGCAUCGACCCGAAGCAGGUGCAUCGGUUCCGUGCGGAGCCGACCGAUGCGGAGGUGGCGCAGCUCACCGCCGAGGCCGAGCAGGUGGCGCUCGCCGAGUGCAGGAGACGCGCGCAGGCGAUCGGCAACCCAGAGCUGCUGGUGAACCCGCGGCCCCUGGUGCUGCCGGGCGGGGGCGCCGCGGCGGCCCUGGCGAUCGCGCCCGUGGGGCCGGCCGUGGGCCUGUUGCGCGGCGCUCCUGUCGGCGCUGCCGCUGCGCUUGCUGCGGACCCCGCGGGGGUGUGGCGGGCCGCCAUGUGCGAGGGCGGGUACCGCGUCGGCGACGAGUCGCGGGGCAUCCACGUGCUGCCCGACGGCACGGGCCUGUUCGUCGAGCUGGUGCCCCCGUCGGGGCUGGAGGCUUUCCUGCGCAAGGCCGUCGAUGCGGACGCUCGCAUCCUUCCCAUCGCGCGCGACGCCCAGGGCCGCCGCGACCUGCAAUGGAACCGCAUGGUGGAGAUGACCCGUCAGGAGGACUUCGGGAGCGACUGGACGCUCCCGGGGCCUAGGACGGCGGCCUGGCGCAUGCGCUACCUGCAGCGGGAGGGGCUCGGCAUCGAGGGCCACCACGAGCACUUCCGCCAGGUGUGCAAGCUGGGCGCGAGCGACUGGGGCGUUCAGGAGCCCUUCCAGCGGUCUCAGCAGAUCAAGGCAGCGACGUGCCAGGACCAGUUGGAUGGCACCAGCUUGAUCAGCAUAGAGAUGAAGUUCCGGAGGCUCCAGACCAUCGAGUUCGCGCACUGGGACAAGGCCAAGGACGCCGAGAGCAAGGGGCACGUGCGUGCAGACGUUGAGAAGGAAGCGAAGUUGCACAAGAGUUUGCGCCUGGCCCGCGAGGACAGGGAAUACAGGCGCAAGCUUGGUUGA